GCGAGUGGGUUCUAUAUUAAACUGGUCCGGUUACAGCUCGUUCGGUUCUCCAUCGUUCAGUCGGUGGACUGUCUCCGGGCCGGUUGCCGGGAUAACGCGAUCGACGUUCCUCUUUACUCGUUACCGUGUCGUUCCCGAAAAAGUGGUAAGCGCUCGCCGAAACUGCGAGGACCGCGAGCGAUGAGCCGAUCGAGCGGCUUCCGAUCCCCUUGAAAGCUGUCUGGCGAAAAAGGGAAACGGGAAAGCGGUGGACUCGCUUCUCUGGGCGGGCAACGAACCGCGGCUGAAUGCUCGAUCGACCGUCGAGAAACAAGGAGAACCGGGACUCGAGGGACUCCUGGCGAUCGACUCGCUGCGUCCAAAGUGGCCGCGAGGUCGAACAUAAAUAAACGUCGACGGUGUCGUGAGGCGCGUUUGGGCGCUUAAGUACCUUUCCGAUAAAAUAGCAUUACUCAAUGAUGCUGAAAGCAGUGAUAUUGCUGUUUCUUCAUUUAUUCUGCGACAUCGCAUUGGCAGCGCAAUGCGGAAAGGUAUGGCUAACAGUCUCCUCGUUGUGGAGACCAAUCGCUGCCAGCGACAAGGUGGUCGACGCUGAGCUCGAAGUAAAUUGGGACCUCGAUUGCCCAUCGAGCACAGGAUACCCAGAUACCAUCAAGGUGUUCACUGCUGACCCAGCACAUAACAAAACGGUGAAGCCGAAGUUGACUCUAACUUCGUUACAACACCCGCGGGGUUAUUAUCGAACGAACAUCACGGUCGGCCGUCCCCCACUUCCGGGUGGAUGGGACACUAAGGACGGCGCGACACUUCCUGGUCCUCAUUGCUUGAAACAUCACGCUGCUCUUUACAAGGAUGGGGCUAUUCUCACCAGUUCCUGUUUGCAGAUCUGGCCGACGUGGAUGUAUGACUUGAGGAGACAAUUAGGGAGGCUUCCAAUAGGAAGCUUAAUGAUCCCCGGGACGCAUAAUUCCGGAUGUUACAAGCACGGCGACCUGACACGACGGGAUGCGUUCCAGAGAUACCUACUAACACAGGAUCGUGACGUGUGGACGCAAUUAGUCCACGGUAUAAGGUAUUUGGAUAUCAGAGUUGGUUACUAUCCGUCGAUCCCGAACGGCACCGCCAUCGAGGAGGGCAACCACAUAAGCAGAUUCUGGAUCAAUCAUGACGUCAUCCGGAUUACCCCCCUCGCCACCGUUAUCAAAGACGUGAGAAACUUUUUGAACGUCGCUAGGGGAGAGGUAGUCAUUAUGGACUUUCAUAGAUUUCCCGUGGGAUUCGAGGACAAUAGACACCGUCGAUUAGCCAUGAUCCUCUUACGAGAGUUCGAAGACUUAAUCUUGAAGCCUGACAGGGGGGUCGAAGGUCUUGGUCCGACCUUGAAUGACAUUUGGACUGGUGGCAAGCGUUUGAUAAUUUGUUACGGCGAUAAACACACAGUUAAUGAGUACGAUUGGCUCUGGCCGCCGAUGUAUCAAGCCUGGGGUAACCAGCAGACGGUGGAAGGACUAUUCAAGUACCUGGACAAAGUCAUCAUUGGGCCGAAGAAGUCGCGGAACAGCCAGAACCCGUUAUGGUCGGUGAUGGCCGAGCUGACGCCGUACCCGUUGGACAUAAUCUUCAAUUUAUCCGGCGGACUGCGGCAGAUGGCCGACUCGGUGAAUAGGAAUCUCACGUACAAGUUCCAGGAGGAAUGGUGGAAGGAAACGAACAUCGUCGCGUCCGACUUCUUCCUCGGGAACAAUCUUAUCGACGUGUCGAUACAGUCGAACAUAAAGAAGAGCAACAUCGCCCAGUGGCGCUUGUAAGCUAAUUAGAUGCGGUUUCAAGGGAAGAAGGUCACAGAAAAUUAAAUAAAAUGGCAAGUGUAGAAAUAAGUAGAAAUACUUAGGAGUUCAAGAAACGAGGUCGACGAUUUGUUCGUAAAUUACAAAGGUUUUAGCAGAUAGGAUUUAUCGAUCCAUCGUGAUAAAGAAACGUAGGGUAACCGAGUAUGUAAAUUAAGAACUAAAAUAAAUAUCAACACAUGUACCUAUGAAAAA